GUAUGAAUGGCAUUUAGGCCGACGAUACCAUGCCAGAUACACCGGAAGAGCCUGCGAAUAACGCGGGGGGCCUGGGUGAUUUUCGCCUUUCUUUCCCUGUCAAGAAGAGCCAGUUCGUGGCGGAGGAAAUAGCACCGUUUUCAGCAUCUGAUGGAAGAUAUUCAGGGGUUCCGUUGCUAACGACAACUGGCCCCUGGGUUUCCGAAGAUCUGGGAAAAUUAUGGCCCCUAACUUCCUCCACGGACAGGCUGAUACGAGACGUAAGUCUUCCUAUGCCAUAAAAUUCACAGAAUCAAUGACCGUCAUAGCAUCUUCUCCAGAAUUUUCGGACUUACUAGAGGCGAUAUCUCCAUCAAUAGAAAGAAUUCUCGUGCAGGUCGCUUCAGAUAUCCCGUAGGGAUUAUGCCCCUCAAUGGCCACAAAAUUUACUCAUUA